AUGUUUGGCCGUUUCAUAGAUGCAUUUACCAAACCGAGGAACCCUUCUGUGAUCCUCGCUGUCGGUGAGGACCGUGGCUCCAUUGAGUUUCUCCAUCUUCAUCCCGAGACUGGAGAGGUUGAACGCUUUCGCACCAGCUGCCGAUUGUCUACCUUCCAGUCCCAUGGCUCUAGAGAGACGACCCGCAAGCAGAUUGGGACGGUUACACUUCCCGCCAAAGGACUUGCGUCCGCUGAUGGCUUUUUCGAGGAUGUUACGGCACAGGUCCGCGAGCGGUGGGAUGAUUUCAUGGCUUCGAACCCGUCAAAUAUUGAUUCAGUGGCCCGCCUAGUCCAAGAUGUCCUUAAGCCCGCCGCCCUCGAGGUGAUUAAGGGGAGAGGGGGGAGAGACGCCGCUGGGAAGGAAACGGAGACACAUUCAGUCUUUCUCAUUUACAUCACACGACCACAGCCAGAGAGGGUGACCAGUCUUGAGCCAACUAGCCCUGGAUGA